GUGGGCUGCCCAGUGCUUCAGAGGCUGGGAAACAGUCCACAAAGACCAAUACUCCAUCAUACAAUGAAAUGAGAAAGAAAAUGUCCAACCAAACCACUCUGACCGAGUUCCUUCUCCUGGGAUUCUCUGAUGUUCGGGAGCUGCAGAUUUUACAUUUUGUGAUGUUCCUGGUGAUUUACCUGGUAGGCCUGAUGGGGAAUCUUCUCAUCAUCACAGCUGUAGUCCUCGACCACCAUCUUCACACCCCCAUGUAUUUCUUCCUGCUGAAUCUGUCCAUCCUAGACUUUGGCUCCAUCUCUGUUACCAUCCCCAAAUCCAUGGCCAAUUCUCUCAUAAACACCAGGGUGAUUUCUUAUCCUGGAUGUGUCACCCAAGUCUUUCUCUUUCUCCUCUUUGUUACAACUGAUCUUGCCUUACUCACCAUCAUGGCAUACGACCGAUAUGUUGCCAUCUGCCAACCACUGCACUAUGAGAGAGUGAUGAACAGGAGAGCUUGUGUCCAAAUGGCAGCCAGUGCCUGGAUUACUGGUAUUGUCUACUCUGCCCUGCACACUGGGAACACCUUCAGGUUGCCCUUCUGCCAGUCCAGUGUCAUCAGUCAGUUCUUCUGUGAAAUCCCCCAGCUACUCAAGCUCACCUGCUCUGACUCAUAUCUCAGUGAAAUUGGGGCUAUUGCCUUUGGUAUGUUUUUAGGUUCAAACUGCUUUGUUUUUAUAAUUGUGUCUUAUGUUCAGAUCUUCAAAGCAGUGCUGAGAAUCCCUUCUGAGCAGGGCCGAGGUAAAGCCUUCUCCACCUGCCUCCCUCACCUCACUGUGGUCUCUUUGUUUUUUUGCACUGGCUUCUUUGAGUACAUGAAACCCACCUCCAGCUCAGCAUCAAAUAUGGAUCUCAUGAUGGGUGUUCUAUAUUCCCUGGUGCCUCCAAUAAUGAAUCCAAUCAUCUACAGCAUGAGGAACAAGGAGAUCAAAGCUGCAUUAAAGAAACUGAUUGUGUGGAGGUUAAUUACCAAGAAUUAA